AUGCCAGACAUGAUCACGUGGUGCAGUGGUAGUUCCGCUUACCUUUCUCACUGCGGCAUAUCUUUCGUUAUUACUGGAGAAGAAUGCGCCUUGCAUCCUCUUCUGGAUAAAUCGUUGUUACCUGCAAUAUAUUUCAUUCCACGUGCCGAGCUAACUUGAGUUAAAUACGUAAAAUACAAUAUUGUUUAAUCAAUUGUUUUCCUCGCCAAAUGUUAUUUCUUGGAUUUAUUUAUAGGCUACAGGUUGACAAUGGCUGUCAAUAACAUGGAGUUGCUUUUAUUUAGUUCCGAACUGACUGGUCAUGUUUCAUCAGCGUUGACAGGACUAUUUUAGAGAUUUGUUUUGCGCCUAUCAAGGCCCUUCGCAUCCGACGUAGAAUCGUACAUUAUUUACAAAUGUUGUUGUAUCGAAGGUCGGGCAUAUAGGCCGCACAAAUCCACUCAAUAACAGGACAGUGGAGGCGAGAGCACCCGCCUGCAGCACCGAGUAAGUUGACAGAGGACAACGGCCAUUACAGGACCAUACCAGAGACCGUAGCCUACACCGCACGCAAGCCACAUAAUAGGUUAUCAUUUGCUGACUCUUGGAUGUCUAGAAUAAGUUGAUGUAAACGGAAAAAAAAUAGCAUCUGCUCCUCGUUAUAAAAUGGCAACAUCGGAAAGCGACAAGUGCUGGCAGGAGUGCAUGGAUGUUGCUGUAGAAGUUGCAUGUAGAGCUGGCAAGGUAGUACAGGAGGCAGUGAAACAUGAAAAGAGUGUGAGCACGAAGAGCACUCCAACUGACCUGGUGACGGAGGCAGACCAGCAGGUGGAAGAGCUCAUCAUCUCCACCCUCAGGGACAAGUUCCCCUCACACAGCUUCAUUGGAGAGGAGUCGUCUGCAGCUGGGGAGAAAUGCAUCCUCACAGACAGCCCUUCCUGGAUCAUAGACCCUAUCGAUGGGACCUGCAACUUUGUUCACAGUUUCCCCAUGGUUGCAGUUAGCAUUGGUUUCGCUGUAAAGAAAGAGCUUGAGUUUGGAGUGAUCUACCAUUGCUUCGAUGGAACAUUAUACACAGCUAGAAAAGGCCAUGGGGCAUUUUGCAAUGGUGUAAGGAUCCAAGUAUCAAAGGAAAAAGAUGUCUCCAAGGCGCUCAUUUUGACCGAGAUCGGAGCCAAGCGGGACCCAGCAACACUGAACAUUUUCUCAGGGAACAUCAUGAAGUUACUGAGUGCUCCAACUCAUGGGGUGAGGAUCAUCGGCAGCUCCACCCUGGCCCUGUGUCUGAUAGCAACGGGGGCGGCUGAGGCCUACUAUCAGUACGGCCUGCACUGCUGGGACAUCGCCGCCGCAGCUGUCAUCAUCCGAGAGGCCGGGGGGGUCGUCAUAGACACCUCAGGGGGUCCUCUUGACCUCAUGUCCCGAAGAGUGGUCGCUGCAGGAACACACGAGAUGGCCAAUUACAUCGUCCAGCAACUGCAGCCAAUCAGCUACGAGCGGGACGACAGUGACCCAGGUGUGCAACAGUGAAAAUCAACCUCCAUCUUUCUAGUGGAUUCUCCUCCGCCUUUUACCUGAAAUCAUGAAAUCCUACAGCACACUGUCCUGUUCACACCGUCUGCUGUGUACUCCGCAAGACUACUCUUUCUUUCACGAGAUUUAGCUAGAAACACAAUUUUCCUCCUUCAAUAUGCAAACUUGUUACAGUUUAACAUGUGUGUGUAUAUGUAAUAAUAUACACACAGGGACAGUUAUACAUUUUUGACUACAUUUACAGUAGUUAUUACCUAGAUUGUUUGACCGUCUUUGCCAUACGUGGUACCAGACCAUGAUAGAAAUGUAUUCUAGGAAAUUAAAGGAAUAGAUCAGUCAUAUUCCAAAUUGGACCUCAUCCAUCGCAUAUAUCUACAGUAAAAUUCUAGGUAUUCAUUUAUUUCUGAGUCAAAUGUCCCUUUAAUUAUGAUCCACACACUGUUACAUUACGUUAAAACUACUGAAACUCAAUGAAACGGUUUUGUAUGAUUUAUCGCUUAUUUCUUACGGUUUAUACACUGACUGAAGUUUUUAACCGAGUUUAACCUUCUUUUUUUAAACAACUUUUUCUAAAUAUGGUUCCUCAUACAGACAAAGGAAAAUAGAAAAAUGGUGGAAAAUGUAUAAGUGUUUUCAAUGACGUAAUGAAAAUACUGUAGAUGGAGCAGGUUUGUAUGGGAGCUAGAGAUUUGGCUUGUAGUGAUGGUUGUUCAUGUUAUUAAGACCUAAAUCACUGCCAAGGUUAUUUUCAGCACCUUUACUUAUUCAAUAUGUAAUAUUAAAUGAAUAAAUAAACAAUUACAGUAUGUUUUGAUUUUUUCAA